AUGGAUCCUCUGGGAGCACGCUCUCAGUUUGUGGAGGUCCAGACUCUGUCCACCUGGGAGCGGCAGCCGGACCCUGAGGGAGAGGAGACAGAGAAGGAGUACAACGACAGCCUGGUCAGCCAGCAGGCCUUCCCAUCCCCCUUCCCCUACAGAGAGGACAUCAACAGGAAAAUAGUGCUCUAGUGAGUCACACACACUGGACCUCUAUCUCUAAUACCACUUCUCUAUCUAUUGGUCUCUCUCUUUUGGUCUCUUGCUUUCUCUUUUUUUUUUCUCUAUCUCUCUCCUUUUCUCUCACAAUCAUAAUGGUCAAACUCAUAUCAAAUGCCUUUGUUGACGGCUAAAAGGUCUCUCAAGGUGUAGCCCUGGCUUCUUGUGCCUUGUUAUCCUGUUCUUGCUCCUUGCACCACUGUGGAUCACCCCCUUCCUUAAACACAAUCUUGCUCGCUCUCUCUCUCCCCUCCCCUCCCUCAUUCUAGGCGCUACCUCAUAAAUCCUCUUUGUUGUGGAGGCUGAGCACAUGAUGUGUUCAGAAGUUCCACUGGUAGGAGUCUCUCAGUAAGACAUUUGUAUCCAGGCUGCCCCAAGCCCUCCUCACAUUCCUGCUGCAGUUAAAGGAAGAGACAUCUGGACUGAACUUGGGCCUUUUUACACAGGUCUUAGGAAAAGCACUUUUCUGCUCCUGUUUUGUCAAAUUUUCAGGAGUUGACACUGUGUCUUGUUUGACCAAGGAUCAACAAGGAUCACGACAAGUGUCACUUGGUUAAAACGUUAAAGGUCAACUGCCCUUGAAAACCAACUUCUCCUUUUGAAAAUGGCCUAUGUGGCAUCAAUAUGAGUCAGAAACAUUUAUUCUAGUGUCAAAAUUGACUACAAAGUGUAAAUAGAAUAAUUUUGGUCAUUAAGUCACUCGUCCAAAACAGUGUUUGGUAAGUGACUGUGUCAUUACUUACUUGAGGGUUUGGUUUGGAUUACAACUAUGUAAAAAAUGAAUGCCCCCUUUUGCCUAUUAACAUGUGGUGGCAAUUUUUUUCUGGGAAAAGACUGGGCGAGUUCUCUUUGCAUGGCCCAGUGCCCUGGGUGGGCGAAGACGUCUCCUUAGGAGGACCAAUUUAAUAGUAAAAAAUUAGCAACCCCGCCCACCCGAUGCAAAACAAAUUUCCCAGACAACACGGUGUAGCUUUGGCAGUAGCUUGAUGUGCACUGCACAUAUUGAUCGGGAAUUGUCUACUCUAGUGAAAAUGGGCUUCCGUAAAGUUGUUCAACAAUCAGAUGGCCAGGAUAUGGAUUACAUCCAACGCUAGCUACAAGUACUGCGGGCUGUCAAACGUGAGACAGUGCCAGGUGUUGUUGCUGAUAGUGAGUUGGUUACACUAGCUACAUUAUUUGAUAAUGCUAGCGAGUAGCAAGGUGUUGUUGAACGAGUGUCACAUAACACAUUCCAGACACUGGUUCUUACUAUCUUGGCAUAACCGUGAUUUGACAGAGAAAUAUCAGCUAGCUAACAUUAGAUAGGCUAGCCAGUUGCAGCUAGCUAUCCCCUAAGCUAUGCUAACUAGCUGCUGUCAGCUUGGCUAAACACAAGGUCAGUGCAGGCUUUACUUUCUAUUCGCCUUUUUCUCUCUACUUUAGCCCACAAAUAGUCAGAAUUAGCCCUUGUUUGUUGUGAUUGAAUGGCAAAGACACCCCAAAAAAAAAGACACCCCGAAGACAACUCUCGUUUGCCUUCAGUCAUGGCCACUAGCAUUUUUAAUGAGCAUUGAUGAAAAAUGAGGCCAGAUCAGGAAGUGCAGUUCUCCUUUAACCACAAGUGUGUACAACAAGCCUAAGAUAUUUAGCUUGUUCACAUCCAACCUUUUUGAGGUAGCACUGCAGUAAUUUGCCAAGAUAGUGAGGACAAAAUUAUGAUUUUUCCAUUGCCUGUUUUGCUACCACAAGCAUUUUUGUGAAGUGAAACAGACGUGUGUCACCGUAAACUUGAUCGUGCUUGUGCUUUACUAUUUCACAGUUAAUAUGAAUACAUACACCUAAAUAGCUCAGCUGCCUACUGAUCUGUACUCCAAAGUAAAGGUUUUUGUAAUUUCAUUAUUUUUCAUAGUCAUUGAGAAAAAGUCUCUCCAAUCUAGUUCCUGGAGAGCUACCCUCCUGUAGGUUCUCGCUCCAGCCCCAGUUUUAACUAACCUGAUUCAUCUUAUCAACCAGCUAAUUAUUAGAAUCAGGUGCGCUAGAUUAGGGUUGGAGCGAAAACCUACAGGACGGUAGCUCUUCAGCAACAGGGUUGGAGAGCCCUGCCUUAGGAUGUCAUAUGACUCAGUACCAUCACGCUGCUUGAGUAGUUCCCCUUUUACAGUUGGACAAAGCCCCAUGGGCAGGAUCCUAACUUUAAACACACAUGUAGGCUAACUUAAACUGUUGCGUUUACACAGGCAGACCAAUUCAUAUUUUUUAAAACUAAUUGGUCUUUUUACCAAUCAGAUCAGCUCUGAAAAAUAUCUGAUGUGAAAAGAUCUGAUGUGAUUGGUCAAAAGACCAAUUUGUGGGAAAACAUAUCAGAAUUGGGCUGCCUGUGUAAACGCAGCCAUUGAUGUAUUUAUUUAGUAUUUAUUUGGAUCCCAAUUAGCUGCUGCCAAGGGAGCGGCUACUCUUCCUGGGGUCCUAACAGGAAUAAAGCAAUACAUCAUUAUAAAACAAUAGCCUACAUCCUAAAUAAAACAAUACAUUAUACAAGACAUUGUGCCGUAUACGUUUACAUUGUUCCAAUAUUACACAUUUACACAAUAUAAAAAGUACAAUAUUACAAUGUGUGUAGAGUGUGUUGGAGUGUGUGUGUGUGUGUGUGUCUCUUCACAGUCCGUUAAUUAACAUACACACAUUUAGCAUCUCCUGGCUUCCAUGCAUAGCCUACAAGCCACUGAUGCAGACCUUUGGAACAUCUACAUUUAAAAAAGUCUAAUAAUUCCAUGUAAUAUAGCCUACACUAUCACAAUAAAUCCAUUAUUUAUUUUAGACAGGUAUAAAGAAACAUGGUAUGAAGAAAAUGUGGUCUAUUUCUGAAGAACAGAAUAGCAUACUCUGAGUAAUGUUAGGUCCUGAUCUGGCUAUGCCAUAUGGCUGUGGGCUACACUAGUUCAUUUUGCAGACAAGAUUUGCUUAGAAUUCCGUGGCAUUAUUUUAUAUAAUUUUAUAGGAUGAAGAAUACAAUUGAACAUAGCUAAAUAGUAAGGAUAUUUUCUCCAAACGAUUUGAGGGAGUGUGCAUUCUGUGUUGUGCAGUUAACAAAGAAACAGGUACUUCUAUAUGCUUAAUUUAGAGUUAUUUAUGUAACUUUAGUUGUGAUACAAACUUAGGGCUAUAUGUUUUGAUUUUUAAUACAUUCUAAGGCUGCAUGAUGCGACUCCGAUGACGCUACAAGGUUUAUAUAAGGUCCCACAGUUGACAGUGCAUGUCAGAGCAAAAACCAAGCCAUGAGGUCGAAGGAAUUGUCCGUAGAGCUCCGAGACAGGAUUGUGUCGAAGCACAGAUCUGGGGAAGGGUACCAAGAAAUGUCUGCAGCAUCAGGGCCUUGGUCAGGGAGGUGACUAAGAACCCGAUGGUCACUCUGACAGAGCUCCAGAGUUCCUCUGUGAAGAUGGGUUGAACUUUUCAGAAAGACAACCAUCUCUGCAGCGCUCCACCAAUCAGGCCUUUAUGGAAACUCCCCAAAUAGAGGUGUGCCAAGCUUGUAGCGUCAUACCCAAGAAGACUCGAGGCUGUAAUCGCUGCCAAAGGUGCUUCAACAAAGUACUGAAUAAAGGGUCUGAAUACUUAUGUAAAUGUGAUAUUUCUAAAAACCUGUUUUUGCUUUGUCAUUAUGAGGUAUUGUGUGUAGAUUGAUGAUGGGGGGAAAACAAUUUAAUCUAUUUUAGAAUAAGGCUGUAACGUAACAAAAUGUGGAAAAAGUCAAGGGGUCUGAAUACUUUCCGAAUGCGCUGUAUAUUUUGGAAAUGAAGGCAUAGAUACAGUCUUAAAAAAAAUAAGUAUUUAAAAGGUAUCAGAAAUACAUCCAAACACAAUGUUGAUGUAAAGACAGCUACCAACUAAUAUCAACACUUAUAUUUAGUUUUGGAGAAAUUGUUUACCUUCUGUAAGUUUAUGAAACAUUGCCCUGUAAUUCCAUUACCAAAACCCCACAUAUUUUAAAGCGGCAAUCAACAGUUAAGGGCGGCAGGUAGCUUAGUGGUUAAGAGCGUUGUGCCAGUAACCGAAAGGUCGCUGGUUCUAAUCCCCGAGCCAACUAGGUGAAAAAUCUGUCGAUGUGCCCUUGAGCAAGGCACUUAACCCUAAUUGCUCCUGUAAGUCGCUCUGGAUAAGAGCGUCUGCUAAAUAAUGUAAAUGUAAAUGUAAACAAUAACAAAGCCCCCUCCCCACCCAUGUUUCAGUAAAAAGCUGAGGGAUGGGGCUGGAAAAAUUUAACCACUCUUUUUUUUAUUUUUUUUAUUUCACCUUUAUUUAACCAGGUAAACCAGUUGAGAACAAGUUCUCAUUUACAACUGCGACCUGGCCAAGAUAAAGCAAAGCAGUGCGAUAAAAACAACAACACAGAGUUACAUAUGGGGUAAAACAAAACAAAGUCAAAAAUACAACAGAAAUACAUAUAUAUACAGUGUGUGCAAAUGUAGCAAGUUAUGGAGGUAAGGCAAUAAAUAGGCUAUAGUGCAAAAUAAUUACAAUUAGUAUUAACACUGGAAUGAUAGAUGUGCAAGAGAUGAUGUGCAAAUAGAGAUACUGGGGUACAAAUGAGCAAAAUAAAUAACAAUAUAGGGAUGAGGUAGUUGGGCGGGCUAAUUUCAGAUGGGCUGUGUACAGGUGCAGUGAUCGGUAAGGUGCUCUGACAACUGAUGCUUAAAGUUAAUGAGGGAGAUAAGUGUCUCCAGCUUCAGAGAUUUUUGCAAUUUGUUCCAGUCAUUGGCACUCUCCAAUUCAUAGACCGAGCUAUGCAUGCAAGGACUGACCAUCCAUGACAUCAAAAUUAUAUUUUUCACCAUGUUUUGAGGCUAUAUAGUGUUUGUUUACAUGUGCUUUGUUUGCAAACAUUGGAGUAAAAAAAACGUAUAUUUUGGGUUUUGAUGAGGUACGACAGUUGAACUAAGCUCAUGAAGCAUUUAUAAGUUAUAUUCUUCAAGAAUCAAUGGAUACAUAUAAUUAAAGUACAAAAAUGGAUGUAACAAAUGCAGAUUUCCCCUUUUAAUAUAUUUUCGAAUUUCUCUCCCUCAUGAGGAAGGAGGAGAGUGAAAGUUCACAGAAGUAACAAGUAAUGGUAUACCUACCAAUUCGGUAUAGUGAUUUUACUAGCUAGGUUUCAAUCCAAUUUGCGACAGAUUUUCAUGCGAAUAUUCUCAAAUCUGCCUAAAACAAUAUGCACAUUAUCCCAACAGAGAUGUUUCCAUCAAACUGACUUUUUGCGGAUAAAAGGCUGGGCUUGAUGACAUAGUGCACAUAAAAAUAUGUUUUGCCGUUAAAUGUCCAUGUACCGAAUGUAAAUGGUUUCCAUUGCAUUUUCAACUCUACUGAUGGUUCUGUCACAAACUGUUGCGUUAUAUUGCAAAUGUGCCUACUCUGGUCUUGGCACAUGCGCUCUAGCCAACAUCUCACAGAUACAGUGCGGGUAGACUCCCUACAUUAUGAGAUUAUUAAUGGAUAAGAGCGAUGUUGAUGUAAAUGUUUCAGUGGAAAUUGUUCAAAGUAGUCCUUGUCCAUAGUUAAACUUUGAAAUCAAUGUUUUUUGUUUGGCAUACAUUUUAAAGUGAAAAAAAGUAAAAGCGUAAUUCCGUUAACGUGGGAUUGCCCAAAGCCAUAACACAUACGUUUUUCCAGCAGCAGAUUGUGUUUCGAUAAUGUCAAAAGCUGCACUGAAGUCUAACAAAACAGCUCCCACAAUCUUCUUAUCAAUUUAUUUUAUCUAUCUUCUUAUUACCAAUCAUCAGUCAUUUGUGUCAGUGCCGUACAUGUUUAGUGCCGACCAUAAGUGUGCUGAAAGUCUGUUGUUAAUUUGUUUACUGUGAAAUAGCAUUGUAUCUGACCAAACCCUUUUUCCAAAAGUUUACUAAGGGUUGGUAGCAGGCUGAUUGGUCGGCUGUUUGAACCAGUAAAGAGUGAUUUGCUAUUCUUGGGUAGCGGCAUUUUUAAGCCAAUUUCCUGCAAUUCUACACAUUUCUCCAUGGAGCUGAGAGAAAUUGUUGCAGUUUUAAAGCACAUUUGCUGCAAUUUUACACAUUUUGCCAUGAUGUGAGAAAAUGUUGCAGUUUUAAAGCUAAUUUCUAUGCAUUUUGCAAUGGCUAAUGCUGUGUUCUUUUGCUCAAACAUAUAUUAUUAUUUUUGGGAUGAAUAUUAGUUCUCAAAGAUUAAGUUAUAAAGAAUAUGUCCAUUAUCUUUUCUACAUACUUUGUAUCUGGUUUUAGAGGUUUAAGUUCACACUGAAAGCCAUCCCUAAAAUGUAUUAAAGAAAUAAAAUACAAAUAAUGGAUGUGUGUGUGUGUGUGUGUGUGUGUGUGUGUGUGUGUGUAUUAUUAUUUUAUUAUAUACUUUUUUUUUUACACUGUUUGGAAAUAGGCAACCCUAAAAAGGAAUAGACGGCCCACCUAAGGAUUUCAAUUCCAGAAGAAUCCUUGGACAGCAAUCUUUUCACCACAUUUCUUCCACAUUCACUUUAUAGAACUAAAAAUUACAAUGCUUGUCUUUCAUUAUUUGGUCAGUUAUGCAUGGAUAUGAAGGUUCAGAGUUUGUUGUUGGCAUGUCAUGCCUACGUUUGCCAAUCUUGCCAAUGAAAAAGUAAUUCAAGUAGUUGGCAAUAUCAGAGGGAAUAUGGAUCUAAGUUUGCCUUUUUGCCCAAAAUUGAAUUGAAGGUACUCCAAAGCAUUCAUUCUUUAUAUAAUUUAUAUUUGUUUCAUAGUACAGUUUCUUCUUCUUUUUGAUGUCAAGGGGAGAUAUGAGUUGGAGCUUGAGUAUGGCCAAUACAGAGUUAAAAUAUCUGACCCUCUUUCUUUCUGCUGUCAUCAGUAAUGGCGACGUUGCCCUGCUGAACUGCACAGCGAUCGUCAACACAACUAAUGAGACUCUGACGGACAAGAACCCUAUAUCUGAGAGCAUCCACACACAUGCUGGGCCUGAACUUCGAGACGAGCUGCUCAAACUGAAAGGUAGGGGGCACCACUGACUAAUUAGGUUAAUGACAACAUGUCUGGUUCACACUCGGAUGAGGUACUAUCUCAACUUGAUCAAUCAGAAUGUUUAUAACUAAAACUUAUGUUGGUUUGUGUCUACUGAACAUGACCUUGUGUUAAGCUGGUAAAGUGAAUGUCAUGCGUUAACAUCAUGUGAGCACUGUGGAGACAAACACAGUACUGACAGGUUUCUAUACAAAUGCACAUUUUAGAACAGGAAAAAGGGUUGGUUCGUGUCCAUUGGGUCUUGUUGCUAUGUAAAUCCCCUUCAAGGCUGUGUUCAAGGUGAAGAAUGUUCUCUUUGUGUGUUCUAUGUGGGAUCUUGAUAUACUCUUGUAUUACCGGUAUGUAUGUGUUUAUCCACAGGAUGUCGGACAGGCGAGGCGAAGAUGACCAAAGGCUUUAACCUGGCGGCCCGCUUUAUAAUCCACACGGUGGGCCCCAAGUACAAAACCAAGUACAGGACGGCUGCUGAGAGUUCUCUGUACAACUGCUAUAGGAACGUCAUGCAGCUCGCCAAGUAAGACAUUAAAGAUGCACUAUACAGAAAUCGCUCCGCCAUUUCCAGGUUGCAAAAAUUCUAAUAGUUUGCCUAAUUUCAGUUUGUUACAAAACAAGCUAGUAUAGUGUAGAGAAUCAUUGUACCAUCUAAACUGCUGUGAAAUAUAUUUUCCAUAACCAAAAAUCUUGUAUUUUCAGCUGUUUGAAGCUGGUGUACAAAACCGAAAGUACGAUGCAAAAACAAAACUUAAGAAUGGGAAGCAUAGAAAUGGCGCACAUAGAACAGAUCUAACACUACUUAGACUUGCUUUCAUUUUACAUUUUUUAAAACAUUUUAGUCAUUUUAGCAGACGCUCUUAUCCAGAGCGACUUACAGUUAGUGAGUGCAUACAUUUUCUAUACUUUCAAGGGGAAUUACAGAUCUAUAACACACUUUUCUAUGUGAAUUUGUUCAGGUCGCCCAAAAAGUUACAUAUUGCAGCUUUAUCUCAUUAGUCUACAUCAGUUUGACUGUACUGCAUAAGUACAACAUAUUGUUCCCUCUCGUGUUCAUUUGGCUAACUGGGACGGCAGACAUGUUGAUUUAGAUCACAGAGCUUGUUUACAUAGGAGAGAAGUGUUCUCUCCCCACAAUACCACACAGGUCUGUGUGUAGCGUGAGGUGCUCCCUUACUGCCUCAUGCUUCUCAGUUAAAUGAAAUCAAAUCACUUUUUUUUGUCACAUGCGCUGAAUACACCUUACUGUGAAAUUCUUACUUACAAACCCAACAAUGCAAAAAAGAAAGUUUAAGUAAGAAAAUAUUUGAUACUUUUACAUUUUGUAAUAUAUAUUUUUUAAAUAACAAUAACGCAGCUGUAUACAGGGGGUACUGAGUCAAUGUGCGGGGGUACAGGCUAGGUGAGGUAAUAUGUACAUAAACCUCUUUACUCUGUUUGUGGUGUGUACUGCACUGUCAAUUGAAUGUGGUUUGUGGUGAGGGUACUGUUAGUAUGUUAUUGUGUGAGCUGUUGUUUGUGUGUCUCUGCAGAGAGCAGGCCAUGGCGUCUGUGGCCCUCUGUGUGGUCAGCACAACCAAGAGAGGAUACCCACUGGAGGACGCCACACACAUUGCCUUCAGUAAGACUCGCACACACUCACACGCACAGCACACACUCACAUGCACAGCACGCACAGCACACAUUCACACGCACAGCACACACUCACACGCACAGACAUUUUACAUUUACAUUUUAGUCAUUUAGCAGACGCUCUUAUCCAGAGCGACUUACAGGAGCAAUUAGGGUUAAGUGCCUUGCUCAAGGGCACAUUUACGUCAUUUAGCAGACGCUCUUAUCCAGAGCGACUUACAAAUUGGUGCAAUCACCCUAUAGCCAGUGGGAUAACCACUUUACACUUUUUUUUUUUUUUUUUUUUUUUGGGGGGGGGGGGGGGGUAGAAGGAUUACUUUAUCCUAUCCCAGGUGUUCCUUAAAGAGGUGGGGUUUCAAAUGUCUCCGGAAGGUGGUGAGUGACUCCGCUGUCCUGGCGUCGUGAGGGAGCUUGUUCCACCAUUGGGGUGCCAGAGCAGCGAACAGUUUUGACUGGGCUGAGCGGGAACUAUGCUUCCGCAGAGGAAGGGGCGCCAGCAGGCCAGAGGUGGAUGAACGCAAUGCCCUCGUUUGGGUGUAGGGACUGAUCAGAGCCCGAAGGUACGGAGGUGCCGUUCCCCUCACUGCUCCAUAGGCACGCACCAUGGUCUUGUAACGGAUGCGAGCUUCAACUGGAAGCCAGUGGAGUGUGCGGAGGAGGGGGGUGACGUGAGAGAACUUGGGAAGGUUGAACACCAGACGGGCUGCGGCAUUCUGGAUGAGUUGUAGGGGUUUAAUGGCACAGGCAGGGAGGCCAGCCAACAGCGAGUUGCAGUAAUCCAGACGGGAGAUGACAAGUGCCUGGAUUAGGACCUGUGCCGCUUCCUGUGUAAGGCAGGGUCGUACUCUCCGAAUGUUGUAGAGCAUGAACCUGCAGGAUCGGGUCACCGCCUUGAUGUUAGCAGAGAACGACAGGGUGUUGUCCAGGGUCACGCCAAGGCUCUUCGCACUCUGGGAGGAGGACACAACGGAGUUGUCAACCGUGAUGGCGAGAUCAUGGAACGGGCAGUCCUUCCCCGGGAGGAAGAGCAGCUCCGUCUUGCCAGGGUUCAGCUUGAGGUGGUGAUCCGUCAUCCAUACUGAUAUGUCUGCCAGACAUGCAGAGAUGCGAUUCACCACCUGGUUAUCAGAAGGGGGAAAGGAGAAGAUUAGUUGUGUAUCGUCAGCGUAGCAAUGAUAGGAGAGGCCAUGUGAGGAUAUGACAGAGCCAAGUGACUUGGUGUAUAGGGAGAAUAGGAGAGGGCCUAGAACUGAGCCCUAGGGGACACCAGUGGUGAGAGCACGUGGUGCGGAGACAGCUUCUCGCCACGCCACUUGGUAGGAGCGACCGGUCAGGUAGGACUCAAUCCAGGAGUGAGCCGCGCCGGAGAUGCCCAGCUCGGAGAGGGUGGAGAGGAGGAUCUGAUGGUUCACAGUAUCAAAGGCAGCAGACAGGUCUAGAAGGACAAGAGCAGAGGAGAGAGAGUUAGCUUUAGCAGUGCGGAGAGCCUCCGUGACACAGAGAAGAGCAGUCUCAGUUGAAUGACCAGUCCUGAAACCUGACUGGUUUGGAUCAAGAAGGUCAUUCUGAGAGAGAUAGCAAGAGAGUUGGCUAAAGACGGCACGCUCAAUAGUUUUGGAAAGAAAAGAAAGAAGGGAUACUGGUCUGUAGUUGUUGACAUCAGUGGGAUCGAGUGUUGGUUUUUUGAGAAGGGGUGCAACUCUCGCUCUCUUGAAGACGGAAGGGACAUGGCCAGCGGUCAAGGAUGAGUUGAUCAGCGAGGUGAGGUAGGGGAGAAGGUCACCGGAGAUGGUCUGGAGAAGAGAGGAGGGGAUGGGGUCAAGCGGGCAGGUUGUUGGGCGGCCUGCAGUCACAAGUCGCAGGAUUUUAUCUGGAGAGAGAGGGGAGAAAGAAGUCAAAGCAUAGGGUAGGGCAGUGAGAGUAGGACCAGCAGUGUCAUUAGACUUAACAAACGAGGAUCGGAUGUCGUCAACCUUCUUUUCAAAGUGGUUGACGAAGUCAUCCACAGAGAGAGAGGGGGGGGAGGGGGGGAGGGGGGGAGGGGGGGAGGGGGGGAGGGGGGGGGGGGGGGGGGGGGGGGGAGGAUUCAGGAGGGAGGAAAAUGUGGCAAAGAGCUUCCUAGGGUUAGAGGCAGAUGCUUGGAAUUUAGAGUGGUAGAAAGUGGCCUUAGCAGCAGAAACAGAUGAAGAAAAUGUAGAGAGGAGGGAGUGAAAAGAUGCCAGGUCGGCAGGGAGUUUAGUUUUCUUCCAUUUCCGCUCCGCUGCCCGGAGCUCUGUUCUGUGAGCUCGCAAUGAGUCAUCAAGCCACGGAGCUGGAGGGGAGGACCGAGCCGGCCGGGAGGAUAGGGGACACAGAGAGUCAAAGGAUGCAGAAAGGGAGGAGAGGAGGGUUGAGGAGGCAGAAUCAGGAGAUUGGAGGGAGAAGGAUUGAGCAGAGGGAAGAGAUGAUAGGAUGGAAGAGGAGAGAGUAGUGGGAGAGAGAGAGCGAAGGUUGCGGCGGCGCAUUACCAUCUGUGUAGGGGCAGAGUGAGUAGUGUUGGAGGAGAGCGAGAGAGAAAAGGAAACAAAGUAGUGGUCGGAGACAUGGAGGGGAGUUGCAGUGAGAUUAGUAGAAGAGCAGCAUCUAGUAAAGAUGAGGUCAAGCGUAUUGCCUGCCUUGUGAGUAGGGGGGGGGACGGUGAGAGGGUGAGGUCAAAAGAGGAGAGGAGUGGAAAGAUGGAGGCAGAGAGAAAUGAGUCAAAUGUGGACGUAGGGAGGUUGAAAUCCCCCAAAACUGUGAGGGGUGAGCCAUCCUCAGGAAAGGAACUUAUCAAGGCGUCAAGCUCAUUGAUGAACUCUCCAAGGGAACCUGGAGGGCGAUAGAUGACAAGGAUAUUAAGCUUAAAUGGGCUAGUGACUGUGACAGCAUGGAAUUCAAAUGAGGAGAUAGACAGAUGGGUUAGGGGAAAAAUUGAGAAUGUCCACUUGGGAGAGAUGAGGAUUCCUGUGCCACCACCCCUCUGACCAGAUGCUCUCGGGGUAUGCGAGAACACAUGGUCAGACGAGGAGAGAGCAGUAGGAGUAGCAGUGUUUUCAGUGGUAAUCCAUGUUUCCGUCAGCGCCAGGAAGUCGAGGGACUGGAGGUUAGCAUAGGCUGGGAUGAAGUCAGCUUUGUUGGCAGCAGAACGGCAGUUCCAGAAGCUGCCUGAGACCUGGAACUCCAGGUGUGGGGUGCGUGCAGGGACCACCAGGUUAGAGAGGCAGCAGCCACGCGGUGUGAGGCGUUUGUGUAGCCUGUGCAGAGAGGAGAGAACAGGGAUAGGCAGAGGCAUAGUUGACAGGCUGUAGCAAAUGGCUACAACAAUGCAGAGGAGAUCGGAAUGAAAUGAACUAAACAUCUGGGAGAGGAGAGAGCAGGGCCUCCCUCACCAAAACUUCCACCUCAGAAACUAUAAUUGUUUCACUGAACCACCCAAACAAAAACUCUCCCAACUUCCACCUUUAGAAAUCAGAAUUGUUGUGAACCACAGCGGUUCAAUGUUUCAAGGAAUGGACUCAACCCACUUUAUUCAGCUAGCUAACUAUGACACCAUAGCUAACUAGCAUGCUAGCAUCCAAUAACACACAGUUUAGCACCAAUACUUGGUUACAACAAACCACCAAUAGUGUGUUAACACACUAAACGGAUAAUUCGUGUCCGUGUCUAGCACAGCACACACUCACACGCACAGCACACAUUCACUAAGUUAAUGAUCUCUUAUACAUUAGUGUACAGUACACUGUCACAAUUUUAUGUAGUUAACAUGUGGCUGACAACUAUUUACACUGGCAUGAUGUUCAAUAACUCAUCCAUGACCCCUGACCUAUGUGAAACGUAUGACUGUGUGUCUGCAAUAAUAAUAAUUGAUUGCAUUUAUAUAGCACCUUUACACCUACAGUAGGUGUUCAAAGCGUUUUACAUUGUAAGGGGGGAAACUCACCUCUCCCACCACCUAUGUGUAGCACCCACUUGGGUGAUGCACAGCAACCAUUUUCUGCCAGAACGCUCACUACACAUCAGCUAGCAUAUCUGUUGUCUGUUACAGUGUGUAUAACUGUGUGUGUGUGUUUGCAGGAACGGUCCGCAGGUUUCUGGAGAACUAUGGAGAGAGCAUAGAGACAGUGGUGUUCGCUGUGACAGACAUGGAAGAGGUGGGUUCGUCUUUUCUCUUCUGCACGAUCAUGAGUUCCUAUGACGUGUACACAUGCUUAGGUUUACAUGCACAUAACUGCACUGGCUUAUUCUAAGUACAACAUAAAUGUUUUCUGGCAUGAAAUUGAACCUAAGGGGAAUGUUUGGAGUAUGAAAUAAAUAAUAAGCUGUGUUUCGAAGGCGAAGUUUCCAUGUUUUUUGGUGAUUACUCACUCAUUUGUUCUUCAUAGAGAAUAUGAAAUAUUUCAAAUAUAACAUGAAUGUUCCAGUUUGAGGUAAUUAUUAAUGUCUAAGAUGGCAAACACACAAACCAUGUAUUUCACCGAUACGGGGAAAAAUGCACAAAGUGAUUGGAAACUGAGUAUGUGUGUGAAGGUUUUUGUGUUAGAAAGCAUGCGUGUGUGUGUGGCAUCUUAUAUCUCUGUGGUUAACACAGUUUUGUGUGUGUGUCUCAGCCCACAUACAGGAAGCUACUUCCUCUCUACUACCCUCGUUCUGAGGAAGAGGAGCAUGCCAGCCUGCCCCUAAUCCCGGCCGACAUCGGGAACUCAGAAGGCGAGCCUGUAGUCCCAGAGAGACAGAUCCGCAUCGCUGAGAAACCAGGCUGUCUGGAAGGUAAGACUACAUUUCCCACAACCUCCUAGAUGUGUGGCUUCAAUAUGGUUACCAUAGCAACAACCUCAGGGCCUGAAACUAACUUUUUGGUCUAACAGCCACUGUAGCAGGUAGAUAAAAAAAAAAAAAUCGCCAUAAUUACACCAUAAACAAAAAACGGAUGAGCAUUCUUUGUAAUGUUUCUAAAGCAAUAAAUGUAUUACUAGUAAGAAGUGAUCUGAUAUAUAGCAACAUUUUAACCAAAAUAUCACAGAUGAGACAAAUGUUCAGCUGCCCUUUUUAAGGGCAGGAGGUUACCGUGGCAAUGACGGCACUGGGGCAGCUGGAGUUGUCAGUGACAGUGUGCCUAUGAGAUAUGAGAAUCUGACUAGUAGCUGAUGUGUCUUCGCUGAAGCAUACUCAAACAUUGAAAAACAAUCUAGCUUGUGAACAAAACAUUGUAAAUAGCCAAGAAACACAAGGAAAAAAUGCUCACUUUAGUAGACUUUCAGAAAAAUGAAUCUUCACUUCAAUCACAGUGCGCACAGCUCCCCAGCCAGGCAGUGUUGAUGCGCGUUGCGCGAGGUAGGAUAUAUAUAUAUAAUAGGAUUCGUAGGUCUUUGUGUGUCAAAAAGACAAACACUUAAAAAACAGGUACUGUAUAAUUUAUUUAGCUCUAAAUGUGCUCAUACUUGACUUCUAACUCUAUUUUUAUUUGCAAAUGUGAGUGAAAUGCACUUGCACUGUUGAACCCUGACCACCUGCUGGUGAAAUUGACAUCUUACCCGCCAAUUGCAAAAUCUACCCGCAUUUGGCGGGUGUUAAUUUUAGGCCCUGAACAACCUCCAUUCCAUGUAGGUGAUGCAUUGUAUGAAUACAUGGUGAUGAUAGACCGGCCGCCACCAGCAGUCCUUCAUCUCUAAGCAGCAGCUGUAUUUCCUGGAGUCUGAACAGCACAAUUCUGGCCGGUACUGCCUGGUUUAAAACCAGGUUGUUUGUACCCAUGGAGACGCACUCAGUGGACAUGGGAGAAGAAUGCAGGAUGAUCUUUCAUAGUCGAGUCAGUGUAACAUCUCAGUCGUACCCCCGGCCAGUGGUGGGACACUCACCCACACACACACUACACACAGACAGACAUAGUGAUGGAUCUUACAUCAGUGUGGAAGGCAUUAGGAGCCGUCUAACUGUUAAAUGAACCAUGUCUUCCUGUUGGUUCAUCUUUUCCACUGAGCGCUGCCCUGACAGGUGCACUGAUGGCAGAGAGGAGGAUGUACAGGUAACUGAAUAAAUAAUGGAAACACUUGAGUAAAUGAGGGAUACAAAGUAUAUUGAAAGCAGGCGCUUCCACACAGGUGUGGUUCCAGAGCAAUUAACAUCCCAUCAUAUUUAGGGUCAUGUAUAAAAAUUCUGGGCAGGCCAUUAUUUUGGCUACCAUGGCUAUGUCCCCAUAGGAUGAAAAUGCCCCUAUACACAGGGCAUGAGUAGUCACUGAAUGGUUUGAUGAGCAUGAAAAUGAUGGAAACCAUAUGCCAUGGCCAUCUCAGUCACCAGAUCUCAAACCAAUUGAACACUUAUGGUGUACUUUAGUUACUAUGUUGGCAUACUUUAGUUACUCACAUUAGGCAUGUGUAUGCUUUUAUGCCUUAGUAUCAACAUUGCCUCUCUUUGGAUGACUGUUGUCCAUAUGGGGCUCAGCCGUAGAUAAAAACUCCAGACCUAGAGGUGUUGAUCCAAGACAAACAGGCUGUGUGUGAGUCAGGUCCAACGACAACAAACACUGGAAUAAACACACAGACACACACACUUUUCACAGCAAUGGUUUAAAACAUGAUAUUUGUUGAUAUAACACUGAGGGAGAGUGUAUUGUCGUUUUCAUAGCUUGUUGUAUCUGUGUGUGUGCUGUGUAGUUGACUCUGAGGCGGAGACACUGGACUCAGACCUGGGCCAGGUGGGGACCCAUGCGUUUGCCCGGAUGGAGGGAGACGUGGACAAACAGCGCAAACUAAUCCUGCAGGGCCAGCUGUCUGAUGCAACCAUGCAGAAACAGCACCAGAGAAAGUGUGUUACACAACUUGUACAUUCCAUCCCUACCAUCCAUCCUAUACCCUAGUUUUACCAACAUUUACAGUACACCCUAAGCCAGGACAGUGUUUACAUCAUGUUUUAUAACCUCUCCUGUCGUUGCAGUUAUAACCGCUGGUUAUGUCGAGCCAGAGCAGAAGACUUGUCUGACAUAGCAGCACUGAAAGCCUUAUAUCAAACUGGUGAGUUCAGUGUGUGUGUGUGUGUGUGAAAUCAUUUUUCCAGCUCAUUGAACACAGCAUCAGGGGGUGAGAUAAUCAGUUUUAUAAUUUUUCCUUCUCAGGAUAAAAAAUGGCCAGUAAUGAAACGGCCUCUGUCAUCAUGGCAGGACAUCUUUCUUUCUUUCACUCAUUCUCUCGCUCUCCCUCUUUUUGUUUCUUUCUCUCUUUCCUCACACUCGUUAAUUUCCUUUCAUUUAGUUCUUUGGCUCACUCAUUUAUACUUAUUUUUCAGCCAUAUAUAUAAUAUAGUGAGGCUCGUGACAGCCUCCUAUUUCACUGAGUGUAAUUGUUCCAUGUCUCCUCUAGGAGGCAGUGUAGUAACACUGGCAGGCCACUGGGCUGCUAGGCUUAUCUCUUAGUUGUGUGUGUGUGUGUGUGUGUGUGUGUGUGUAUGUGCACAUGUGUGUGUGUGUGUGUGUGUGUGUCCAUAGGUGUUGACAUGUGUGGCAGGACAGUGAUGGUUCUUGUGGGCAGAAAUAUUCCUGUCACUCUCAUCGACAUGGAAAAGGUACCAGGCUUCAUUUGGAGGCAACAUCAUGAACAUCACAGUUUUAGUGGCUCAAUAGAAAAUAAAUGAAUAUUGUUGCUCUGUGAACAAGCUUUGACCUCUCCACCAUGUGUGUGUUACUCCACUACAGGCCCUGCUGUACUUCAUCCAUGUCAUGGACCACAUCACAGUGAAGCAGUAUGUGAUGGUUUACUUCCACACUCUGACCAGAGAACACAACCAUCUGGACUCUGAAUUCCUCAAGAAGCUUUAUGAGAUUGUAGACACCAAGUAAGACGCACACCACAUAUUUUACUGAUUUAGUGAAGCGAGAGAGAACUGAAGGCUAUAGAGACAAUUACAGACUGUUGGUUACCAGAUACGACAGGUGAAUCAAAUCUGAAUGUGUAAGAUGAAACCUUUCUCCCUGUGAAUGGGAAUUUACAGUGAAAUUGUUCUGGGGUCUUUAACCCCUAUGAACUGUCUGUUUGUUCUUUAGAGAGUACAGUUGGCUCAUCCUCCAGUAAUAGUUGAUUUUCACUGACCAGUUCUGGUUGAUCAUCUUUUUGUAUAGUAUCUAUUUGUAUUGACACCCCCACCCCCUUUGUUUUUACACUGCUGCUACUCGCUGUUUAUUAUCUAUGCAUACUUACUGUACAAAUUACCUCGACUAACCUGUACCCCCGCACAUUGACUCGGUACCGGUACCCCCUGUAUAUAGCCUCAUUAUUGUUAUUUUAUUGUGUUACUUUUUUAAUUUUGCCUCUAGUUUAUUUAGUAAAUAAACUCUAUUUUCUUAAAACUGCAUUGUUGGUUAAGGGCUUGUAAGUAAGCAUUUCACGGUAAGGUCUACACCUGUUGUAUUCGGCGCAUGUGACAAAUAAGAUUUGAUUUGAUCCAAACAUAUUGUUCAAGCUACCAUGGGACCAAGGAAACAUUGCUCACUUUCCGAUAACUGAAACGGGAUAGCUUUUGUGAACACAUACGUUUGGAAACCUGGAGUCUGUUUUGGAACGGCUUCCCAAAGCUCUGAGAAAGUUCCCAGAAAAUGACAUAUUGGCGGUGACGCGGCCCAAAUCAAAGACGCUAACAUUAUGAAAUUAUUUGCAUUUCUGGCCAGCUCUACAACCUUCACUGAACAAACAGCUUGUUGCUGACAACAAUUGUGCAAUUGAAGAAAACGGCAUCAGGUUCUAUGUGUCUUCUAAUCUCCCCUCUUCUAUUUCAAGACUUUGCAAAGCACCAUACACUUUAACUUAGCAGUGCCAAUGUCAACACUAUACACCAUAACCAUGCGUGCCUCUGCUUUAGUACGUCUAUUAUGUCUAAGUCUAAGAUGAGGUCAACUACUAAAUACGUUUUUUCCUGUUUACUGACACAUUCACACUGGACUGGAGCUGAAAACCACAUCCUGCAAAUGAAAACCAGAAGCCUUCUCACCUCAACCCCACAGCCAUAGAUAAGGCAGCACCACCCACAGUACUCCAUCUCCUCAGCAGUUGUCAUAACACACAACUUCCUCUUUCAUGAACAAUGUGAGAUUAUACAGUCGUGGUCAAACAUUUUGAGAAUGACACAAGUAUUGGUCUUCACAAAGUUUGCUGCUUCAGUGUUUUUAGAUAUUUUUGUCAGAUGUUACUAUGGUAUACUGAAGUAUAAUUACAAGCAUUCCAUAAGCGUCAAAGGCUUUUAUUGAGAAUUACAUUAAGUUUAUGCAAAGAGUCAAUAUUUGCAGUGUUGACCGUUCUUUUUCAAGACCUCUGCAAUCCGCCCUGGCAUGCUGUCAAUUAACUUCUGGGCCACAUCCUGACUGAUGGCAGCCCAUUCUUGCAUAAUCAAUGCUUGGAGUUUGUCAGAAUUUGUGGGUUUUUGUUUGUCCACAUGCCUCUUGAGGAUUGACCACAAGUUCUCAAUGGGAUUAAGGUCUGGGGAGUUUCCUGGCCAUGGACCCAAAAUGUUGAUGUUUUGUUCCCCGAGCCACUUAGUGUUCUUAGGCAAAAUUGUGAGUGAGCCCACUCCCUUGGCUGAGAAGCAACCCAACACAUGAAUGGUCUCAGGAUGCUUUACUGUUGGCAUGACACAGGACUGAUGGUAGCGCUCACCUUGUCUUCUCCGGACAAGCUUUUUUCCAGAUGCCCCAAACAAUCGGAAAGGGGAUUCAUCAGAGAAAAUGACUUUACCGCAGUCCUCAGCAGUCCAAUUCCUGUACGUUUUCCAGAAUAUCAGUCUGUCCCUGAUGUUUUUCCUGGAGAGAAGUGGCUUCAUCGCUGCCCUUCUUGACACCAGGCCAUCUUCCAAAAGUCUUCGCCUCACUGUGCGUGCAGAUGCACUCACACCUGCCUGCUGCCAUUCCUGAGCAAGCUCUGCACUGGUGGUGCCCCGAUCCUGCAGCUGAAUCAACUUUAGGAGACAGUCCUGGCGCUUGCUGGACUUUCUUGGGCGCCCUGAAGCCUUCUUCACAACAAUUGAACCUCUCUCCUUGAAGUUCUUGAUGAUCCGAUAAAUGGUUGAUUUAGGUGCAAUCUUACUAGCAGCAAUAUCCUUGCCUGUGAAGCCCUUUUUGUGCAAAGCAAUGAUGACGGCACGUGUUUCCUUGCAGGUAACCAUGGUUAACAGAGGAAGAACAAUGAUUUCAAGCACCACCCUCCUUUUAAAAGCUUCCAGUCUGUUUUUCUAACUCAAUCAGCAUGACAGAGUGAUCUCCAGCCUUGUCCUCGUCAACACUCUCACCUAUGUUAACGAGAGAAUCACUGACAUGAUGUCAGCUGGUCCUUUUGUGGCAGGACUGAAAUGCAGUGGAAAUGUUUUUUUGUAAUUAAGUUCAUUUUCAUGGCAAAGAGGGACUUUGCAAAUAAUUGCAAUUCAUCUGAUCACUCUUCAUAACAUUCUGGAGUAUAUGCAAAUUGCCAUCAUAAAAACUGAGGCAGCAGACUUUGUGAAAAUUAAUAUUUGUGUCAUUCUCAAAACUUUUGACCACGACUGUAGUCUUUGAAGCUAGUUAUUGUAGUCAUUGAGAGAUUCUACAUCCGACCGUAUCUGUUGGGAUUUGUAUCUAGUGUUCCUUUGAUAUAACAGUAGGUCAUAUCACUUAUUAUACUGAACAAAAAUAUAAACGCAACAAUUAAAGAUUUUACUGAGUUACAGUUCAUAUAAGAAAAUCAGUUAAUUGAAAUAAAUUAAUUAGAUCCUAAUCUAUGGAUUUCACAUGACUGGGAAUACAGGUAUGCAUCUGUUGGUCAGAAAACCAGUCAGUAUCUGGUGUGACCACCAUUUGCCUCAUGCAGUGCGACGCAUCUCCUUCGCAUAGAGUUGAUCAGGCUGUUGAUUGUGGCCUGUGGAACAUUGUGACCUGUGGAAUGUUGUCCCACUCCUCUUCAAUGGCUGUCCGAAGUUGCUGGAUAUUGGCAGGAACUGGAACAUGCUGUUGUACUCGUAGAUCCAGAGCAUCCCAAACAUGCUCAAUGGGUGACAUGUCUGGUGAGUAUGCAGGCCAUGGAAGAACUGGGAUAUUUUCAGCUUCCAGGAAUUGUGUACAGAUCCUUGCGACAUGGGGCUGUGCAUUAUCAUGCUGAAACAUGAGGUGAUGGCGGCGGAUGAAUGGCAUGACAAUGGGCCUCAGGAUAUUGUCAUGGUAUCUCUGUGCAUUUAAAUUGCCAUCGAUAAAAUGCAAUCGGGUUCGUUGUCCGGAGCUUAUGCCCCACCACCACCAUGGGGCACUCUGUUCACAACGUUGACAUCAUCAAACUGCUCGCCCACACGACGCCAUACACGUUGUGAGGCCGGUUGGAUGUACUGCCAAAUUCUCUAAAACGACGUUGGAGGUGGCUUAUGGUAGAUAAAUGAACAUUCAAUUUUUCUGGCAACAGUUCUGGUGGACAUUCCUGCAGUCAGCAGGCCAAUUGAACGCUCCCUCAAAACUUGAGACAUCUGUGGCAUUGUGUUGUGUGACAAAACUGCACAUUUUUGUGCCCUGUUAUUGGCCCCAGCACAAGGUGCACCUGUGUAAUGAUCAUGCUGUUUAAUCAGCUUCUUGAUAUGCCACACCUGUCAGGUGGAUGGAUUAUCUUGGCAAAGGAGAAAUGCUCACUAACAGAGAUGUAAACAAAUUUGUGCACAAUAUUUGACAGAAAUAUGCUUUUUGGGCGUAUGAAACAUUUCUGGGAUCUUUCAGCUCAUGAAACAUGGGACCAACACUUUAUAUGUUGCAUUGAUCUUUCUGUUCAGUGUAGUAGAUCAACUGAGUUUCCACCAGUAAACAGUAUGCUGAUGGGGUAGUAGGACCAUCAUCCAAAUCAACCGGCUUACACCCAGAAGAACAUGUUUGAUAACUCUUGGCACUGCUAACUUAUUUUCCCAAGAGUUGUGAUGAGCAAGUUGUGUCCCCCAUAAGAGAAACCGUGUGGCCCUCCAUGUAUGGACUGUACACCUGCACUCCCGAGUCACCACCACCGCUGCUCUAGACCAGGGAUGGGCAACUGAUGGGGGUGGAGGGCUGCGUACCCACAUCCAUACCCACACAUUCAGUCAGAGCUGGCCCUAGCCUUUUGGGGGGCCCUAAGUGAAAUUAGUUAGUGAGUGUAUACAUUUUCAUACUAGCCCCCCGUGGGAAUCGAACCCACAACCCUGGCGUUGCAAGCGCCAUGCUCUACCAACUGAGCUACACGGGGUUCUGUCCUCAUUUGUUCGUUUUGUAAAAAUGCACUCUUCUUUGGUUUGUUCAAAGGACCCAAUUGUCUGCUAAAAGAAAAAUAACCAGCAAACUGUUCUGUAAAUACUUUUGAGUAAACCCAAUACAUUUGAAGAACUUGAUGGCAGUUAAAAUGGGUGAUCCAUCACUGGAAAUGAAACCGGAAUUGUUAUGUAGUUGAAUGUUUAAAGCUGCAAUAUGUAACUUUUUGGGGGACCCAACCAAAUUCACAUAGAAAUGUGAGUUAUAGAUCUGUCAUUCUUAUUGAAAGCAAGUCUAAGAAGCAGUAGAUCUGUUCUACAGUGAGGGGAAAAAAGUAUUUGAUCCCCUGCUGAUUUUGUACGUUUGCCCACUGACAAAGAAAUGAUCAGUCUAUAAUUUUAAUGGUAGGUUUAUUUGAACAGUGAGAGACAGAAUAACAACAACAAAAUCCAGAAAAACGCAUGUCAAAAAUGUUAUAAAUUGAUUUGCAUUUUAAUGAGGGAAAUAAGUAUUUGACCCCCUCUCAAUCAGAAAGAUUUCUGGCUCCCAGGUGUCUUUUUAUACAGGUAACGAGUUGAGAUUAGGAGCACACUAUUAAAGGGAGUGCUCCUAAUCUCAGUUUGUUACCUGUAUAAAAGACACCUGUCCACAGAAGCAAUCAAUCAAUCAGAUUCCAAACUCUCCACCAUGGCCAAGACCAAAGAGCUCUCCAAGGAUGUCAGGGACAAGAUUGUAGACCUACACAAGGCUGGAAUGGGCUACAAGACCAUCGCCAAGCAGCUUGGUGAGAAGGUGACAACAGUUUGUGCGAUUCGCAAAUGGAAGAAACACAAAAGAACUGUCAAUCUCCCUCGGCCUGGGGCUCCAUGCAAGAUCUCACCUCGUGGAGUUGCAAUGAUCAUGAGAAUGGUGAGGAAUCAGCCCAGAACUACACGGGAGGAUCUUGUCAAUGAUCUCAAGGCAGCUGGGACCAUAGUCACCAAGAAAACAAUUGGUAACACACUACGCCGUGAAGGACUGAAAUCCUGCAGCACCCGCAAGGUCCCUCUGCUCAAGAAAGCACAUAUACAUGACCGUCCAAUGAACAUCUGAAUGAUUCAGAGGAAAACUGGGUGAAAGUGUUGUGGUCAGAUGAGACCAAAAUGGAGCUCUUUGGCAUCAACUCAACUCGCCGUGUUUGGAGGAGGAGGAAUGCUGCCUAUGACCCCAAGAACACCAUCUCCACCGUCAAACAUGGAGGUGGAAACAUUAUGCUUUUCUGCUAAGGGGACAGGACAACUUCACCGCAUCAAAGGGACGAUGGACGGGGCCAUGUACCGUCAAAUCUUUGGUGAGAACCUCCUUCCCUCAGCCAGGGCAUUGAAAAUGGGUCGUGGAUUGGUAUUCCAGCAUGACAAUGACCCAAAACACACGGCCAAGGCAACAAAGGAGUGGCUCAAGAAGAAGCACAUUAAGGUCCUGGAGUGGCCUAGCCAGUCUCCAGACCUUAAUCCCAUAGCAAAUCUAUGGAGGGAGCUGAAGGUUCGAGUUGCCAAACGUCAGCCUCAACCUUAAUGACUUGGAGAAUAUCUGCAAAGAGGAUUGGGACAAAAUUCCUCCUGAGAUGUGUGCAAAACUGGUGGCCAACUACAAGAAACGUCUGACCUCUGUGAUUGCCAACAAGGGUUUUGCCACCAAGUACUAAGUCAUGUUUUGCAGAGGGGUCAAAUACUUAUUAAAAUGCAAAUCAAUUUAUAACAUUUUUGACAUGCGUUUUUCUGGAUUAUUUUGUUGUUAUUCUGUCUCUCACUGUUCAAAUAAACAUACCAUUAAAAUUAUAGACUGAUCAUUUCUUUGUCAGUGGGCAAACGUACAAAAUCAGCAGGGGAUCAAAUACUUUUUUCCCUCACUGUAUGUGUGCUAUUUCUAUGCUUCCCGUGCUUAAGUCUUUUCUUUCAAGACAUAUUUUCUUUUUGAUAUAUUGCUGUUUUUUUCUCUCAAUAAGGGCAAUAAUAAAUAAGUCAUUAUAAUAAUAAUAAUAAUAAUAAUAAUAAUCACUAUUUAAAAUGCUAGCCAAUAGUGAUAUGUCAGUGAAUGAAUUCUGUAUUUGAUGGUUUUUGCUUAUUUUUUUGUAUUCCAGGUUUAAGAAUAACUUGAGGGCUUUCUACUUUGUACACCCCUCAUUUCGCUCCAAGGUAAAGUCUACAGUACUCCGUUUUACUGCUUCCCAAACACUGUUGUUAUAUGUAUUUCUACUACUAGGCAUUGUUAGGAUAUGUACAGUGCCUUCUGAAAGUAUUCAGACCCUUGACUUUUUCCACAUUUUGUUACGUUACAGCCUUAUUCUAAAAUGGAUUAAAUGAAAAACAAUCCUCAGCAAUCUACACACAAUACUCCAUAAUGACAAAGCGAAAACAGGUUUUUAGAAAAUGUUGCACAUUUAUUAGAAAUAAAAAACAGAAAUACCUUAUUUACAUAAGUAUUCAGACCCAUAGCUAUGAUACUCGAAAUUGAGCUCAGGUGCAUCCUGUUUCCAAUGAUGUUUCUACAACUUGAUUGGAGUCCACCUGGGGUAAAUUCAAUUGAUUGGACAUGAUUUGGAAAGGCACAUACCAGUCUAUAUAAGGUCCCACAGUUGACAGUGCAUGUCUGAGCAAAAACCAAGCCAUGAGGUCGAAGGAAUUGUCCGUAGAGCUCCGAGACAGGAUUGUGUCGAGGCACAGUUCUGGGGUAGGGUACCAAAACAUUUCUGCAGCAUUGAAGGUCGCAAAGAACACAGUGGCUUCCAUCAUUCUUAAAUGGAAGAAGUUUGGAACCACCAAGACUCUUCCUAGAGCUGGCCGCCCGGCCAAAACUGAGCUUUUGGGGGAGAGGGGCCUUGGUCAGGGAGGUGACUAAGAACUCGAUGGUCACUCUGACAGAACUCUAGAGUUCCUCUGUGAAGAUGGGAGAACCUUCCAGAAGGACAACCAUCUCUGCAGCACUCCACCAAUCAGGCCUUUAUGGUAGAGUGGCCAGACGGAAGCCACUCCUUAGUAAAAGGCACAUGACAGCCCGCUUGGAGUUUGCCAAAAGACAACUAAAGACUCUCAGACCAUGAGAAACAAGAUUCUCUGGUCUGAUGAAACCAAGAUUGAACUCUUUUGGCCUGAAUGCCAAGCGUCACGUCUGGAGGAAACCUGGCACCAUCCCUACGGUGAAGCAUGGUGGUGGCAGAAUCAUGCUGUGGGGAUGUUUUUCAGCGGCAGGGACUGGGAGACUAGUCAGGAUCGAGGCAAAGAUGAACGGAGCAAAGUACAGAGAGAUCCUUGAUGAAAACCUGCUCCAGAGCUCUCAGGACCUCAGACUCGGCCGACGGUUCACCUUCCAACAGGACAAUGACCCUAAGCACACAGCCAAGACAACGCAGGAGUGGCUUCGGGACAAGUCUCUGAAUGUUCUUGAGUGGCCCAGCCAGAGCCCGGACUUAAACCUGAUCAAACAUCACUGGAGAGACCUGAAAAUAGCUGUGCAGCAACGAUCCCCAUCCAACCUGACAGAGCUUGAGAGGAUCUGCAGAGAAGAAUGGGAGAAACUCCACAAAUACAGGUGAGCCAAGCUUGUAGCGUCAUACCCAAGAAGACUCGAGGCUGUAAUCGCUGCCAAAGGUGCUUCAACAAAGUACUGAGUAAAGGGUCUGAAUACUUAUGUAAAUGUGAAUCCGUUUUCUUUUUUAAAGAAAUUAGCAAACAUUUCAAAACUUUUUUUUUUUGCUUUGUCAUUAUGGGGUAUUGUAUGUAGAUUGAUGAGGGAGAAAAACAAUUUCAUCCAUUUUAGAAUAAGGCUGUAACCUAACAAAGUGGAAAAAGUCAAGGGGUCUGAAAACUUUCCGAAUGCACUGCAUAUACCAGGGUUGGGGUCAAUUCCAGUGAAUUCAGGUACAAUGAAAUUAAAAUGAUCUUCAAUGCUUUUCAGUUAGGAACAUGUGGACUUGGAAUUUGGUUUACUUUCUGAAUUGACUGUUUUAUGACCAGUCAAGUUUACAACCUUUUCUGACCAAGAUCUGCAGGACUCUUCACACACAAACACACACGCAUGCACUCCACCCCAUUACUGUUCUGGAGUUGUUUUUUUCCGACUGUGAGCCUCCCUGACACAUAACCCUGUUCUAACUUCAACCUCUGGUCUCAUCUGCACAGUUACUGAGUUGAAUCAGCCCGUUAGAUGGGAGAAGGCUCACAGUUUAGCAAUAUACUAAUUGGUCAAUUAAAAUGAUCCAUGAACUCUGAGGUAACUUGACUCUGAGGUGUAACUUGAGGUGUGUAUGAGAGACGGGCCAGGCAUUGUGCUGGGGUCAUUAGAAUUAAUGCUUUAAAUGGGUUUAAAUGGUUUGGAAUGGGAAGCAGAGCACACACUUGCGUACUAAAGAGGAGAGUGGAAGUCUAUUGGCCUUAUUCAAUCAAACCUAAUAAAUGGAUUUUAGGGAGAAGUAAAUUUGUUUCAAUAGAUUACCACUUAAACACAGUGGAAGGCUUCAGCCAAAACGCAUCCGUGCUAUUAACAAGUAUUACAAUUGAACCUUUAGGGCAGGUUUUCCAACCCGGACACAGGACUAACAAAGUGGUUAAUCUGUGUCUGGGAAACGCCCCCCCCCCCCCCCACCCCCCACCCACACACACACACUUUUACCCUUUUUACAUUCUAUUUACACUUUUUUAGUGUUUCUCCAUGUAUCUAAUCUUAUCAUGUUAAUUUCUCUGUCUGUCAGGUGUCCACCUGGUUCUUCACUACGUUCAGUGUGUCAGGGAUGAAGCAGAAGGUCCAUCAUGUAGAGACCCUCCAGCAGCUCUUCACCUGUAUCCUGCCUGAACAGAUAGACAUCCCCCCCUUUGUCCUAGAGUACAACGCACGGGUGAGGCCCUACACAUACCACUCUGUCUCUGUCUAG